GUUAAACUUUGAAGGUUGUAGAUCUUGUCGCCGCUUUCCCUCCUGAAAUUCCUGCUGCCUGCCUGAGCGAGUUCCGAGUCGCUUUUUUCCACAGCUUUUACCCUGCUUUUGGACUAGUACUAUUAGAAGGGCGGUCGGGGUGCUGGUCAAUACUAUUCCUACAAUAGAUCCAAGUCUUAUUCUCGGUGGUGUUGCUUGCCAAGGCUUCGUAAGGACUUGGGAAGCAUGGCCGAGUCUGCCAAAGAAGGCGGCGACCCAAAAGAUGCACUCGAUACCGAGCUCGCUCGCUUUGAAGCGGAGAUGGCCGAGCUCACAACCACCCCCCCUCCUCCGCCCCCAGCUCCGCUCCCCCCCCCCAAAGCGGCCUCCAGCAAACCCCUUGUACGGCCCCACGCUCCGCCCCCCUCUGUCGCCCCACUUCCGGCGCCCCUCCCCGCGCCGGGUCCGCAACCCUUUUACCCCCCCGGUCCCUCGGGCCAGUUUGCGCCGCCGGGACAGUACCCCCCCGUUUUGGCGCAAUACCCAGGGCCGGUUGCAGCGCCUCCCCUUACACAGGGGCAAACACUGUUUGAAAGGGAUAUGAAGGCUCUCGAUCCGGCAGAGUUAGAAAGGGUGAAAGCCGCGCUGGCCGGAGAAGAGCCGAAGCCAGACCCAAAGAAAGAGACGAAGAAGCGGCCGAUUGCUCGGACAGCCGCGGGGGAGAAGUGGGUGGAUCCCACACUGGCGGAGUGGCCCGAAAACGACUUCCGAUUGUUCUGCGGCAACCUCGGGAACGAGGUCAACGAGGACGUCCUGUCAAAGGCGUUCGUCAAGUACAGCAGCUUCAACAUGGCGAAGGUUAUCCGGGAUAAACGGACGGGUAAAACGCGGGGUUAUGGAUUCGUCAGCUUCGCAACACAGGGCGACAUGUUCUCCGCCCUGAAGGAGAUGCAAGGUAAAUACGUGGGGAACCGCCCGCUCAUCUUGCGGAAAAGCUCGUGGGAAGAGCGGACGGAUGCAGAGGCGCAAAAGAAGAAGUACAAGAAGCAGAAGAGCAAGCACGGCCCGCUUUCGGGUUCGAAGGAGUUACUGUUGCAAAUUGGUGGGAUCGAGAGGUGA